CUCGGGCUCGUGUUGUCUCUCAGCUGCCACAGUGCGCUCAGUGCGUGGACACGGACAGAGCUCAAUAUGUCUUGUGUCUUCUGAAAUACACUGGGAUUAUUUUAGCGCUUUCCUGCAGGAGUGACAGUGAAAUAAACAGAAAGGCACAAGCAGAUCUCAUCAGACUUCAAGUAAGGAAUCGAAUGCAUGUUUCUGCGCGCGUACCGCGAGUUGCGCCCCAUUCAGCGGACAAAGUUUAUUUCUUCUCCACGGUCCCACGCUGCUGGACCGGAAUUUGAAAUUAACACACCAGUCAGAAUAUAUCUAUGGGACUGCACACACAACAACAGUGAAGAGUGUAUGGAGAUAGACAUCAUCUUUUCAGAAAAGCAAAAGGAAUUAUUAUUUUAUUAUUUUAAUUGACAUUUUUUGUGUGUCUGAUAUCCUCUUUUCCAAACUCUCUUCUGGAAUUGUAGACAAUAUUUAAAGACAUUUCUCCAGAAUGGCAUCCAGCCUCACGUGUACGGGUAUGAUCUGGGCUCUGGUGUCCCUGCUGAGCGCAGCAGCUUCCUGCGUGGGGUUCUUCAUGCCCUACUGGCUGCUGGGCUCACAAAUGGAUAAGCCAGUGUCCUUCGGUACUUUCCGGCGGUGCUCGUACCCAGUUCGGGACGAAGAGAGGCAGGCUACGAUCAUGCUGGAGCAGUGUGGGCGCUAUGCAAGCUUUCAGGGUAUCCCGAGCAUGGAGUGGCAGAUCUGUACAGUCGUAACGGGGGUUGGAUGUGGCCUGCUGCUGCUGGUGGCACUCACCGCGGUCAUGGGCUGCUGCAUAUCAGAACUCAUCUCCAGAACUAUCGGACGUGCAGCGGGGGGCAUGCAGUUUGUUGGAGGUCUGCUCAUCGGUUCAGGAUGUGCUCUGUAUCCUCUAGGGUGGGACAGUGAAGAGGUCCGGCAGACAUGCAACAACAGCUCAGAUCAGUUUGAACUUGGCUCUUGUCAAAUCGGCUGGGCGUACUACUGCACUGGGGCUGGCGCCAUCUCGGCUCUGUUGCUGUGCACCUGGCUCGCCUGUUAUGCAGGGAAGAAACAAAAGAAUUACCCGUACUAGAAGAACUGACCUCAACUACAGCCUGAACCACAGCAGGACAGAUCCCUUAGACUCAGUGGAGACUGGCUUUGCAGCCAAUGGCAUGACGGCUUUUCUCCAUUAAUGCCACUCUGACUCAUUAUAGACUCAAAAUGCUCAUAUUGCCUUUUGUGUGAUUAAAACGAGCAUGCACUUUUCAAAGAGACAUGACUUUUGGCAGUACUUCCUCUUCUCUCUAAAAAACAACUAGGGAGUAUAUUACAUAAAGGACCAGUUAUUGUAUGUCUUUUAUGUCCACUGUUGUGAAUAUUACAAGUGUGCUUGUUUUCUUCUUUCCCUUGAAUUGAUAUUGUAAAAUUAAGUUUUGGUUUAGAUGUACAACAGACACUUGAUGAAGUCUGCAUAUAUAGCGUAUUAAUAUUACUAUGCCCUGAAAUACAUAUGUCAGUACUAUACUUUAAAUAUUAUGGUGCAUUAAAACACAAAUGAGACACAAAUGCUUAUUUGAUUAAAAUUAAAUUUAGUUACAUUUAAGACUUAAAUAAAAAAUUAAAUAAUUUGUUGGCACAAAUAGCCUUUUUGGCAGUGUGUUGACAUGCAGUGCUGUUAAGCUUUGGGCGAACCCCAAAGUUCGAGUUCGAGUCCUGGAUCACAGACCUUUCUUGAUCCCAAUCCCACUACCAAUUUGCUUUCUGUCUUACUACUGUCCUAUCAAAAAAAGGCAAAACCUCCUAAAAUAAAUCUAAAAAUUGUUUUAAU